GCUGCGGGCAAAUCUCUACAUAUUUCUCGGAUGAUAUCUUGGAACGAUAGAGGUCCAGGUAUGGCGCUCAUCAGGAAGCUAAAUGGUUAUCUUACCUUGUACCGCCUCAGCCCCAACGAAAAAUUAUUCGAUCAAAUAACAAAGCUUAUGUCGCCGGUGGAACUAACGAAAGCUCUAGAUGCUAUCGGCAACUCGAAAACUUAUGCAGAUUUCAUUGCCUUCGGAGAGACUUACAAAAUGUUGGCAGAUUUUAUCGCUUCGGGGAAAUUGGAAUCUAAAUUACUGGACUCUGUAAAAAUAUAUCUGAGAAGACAGUGGUCGCUUCUAGAAAUUUUCUGCCAAUCAAUGUCCGACCAAGACAUUAAAGUAUUUGGUGCUCACAUUUGGUUGGCUCUAUCUCAAGUGUUUAUUGCCAGUGCCCAGUUCAAGCUUUCAAGUCAAGAGUGGGGCCAAAUUUUUCUUCCUAUCGAGAAAUGGUUUGGCGAUGCUGGCUGCGAGGCGGUAGAGGUUUGCCUAGAAAAGUGGAGAGCGCUGAUUGCUUUCAUUUCAUCAAAGUCUCCAAAAGAAAUACGAAAGAGCGGGAAAUAUAUCCGAUUAAUCCAAAUAUUCUCUAAGCCUUUACGAUCCCGAACAACAAUCAAUAAGUUCCCAAACAACAUGUUGCCAAUUAUUAGAACUUACGCAUUUCUCAUCAAUACGUUCAAAGAUGUCUUGGACGAACGUUUCGAAGAGCUCAUCAUCUGCUUUUUACGCUUUCUUGCUGGCAGAAAAGCCCAAGUGCUCACCACAAGUGCAGAAAUCGAGAAUGAACUAAAGAAAUCUAUCGACUCCUUGGAGCUCAUUCUCAAUUGCGCUAUCCCUUCACAUUUAGGAUAUCUAACUGACGACAGAACCAACUCAUCCGAUUCACUAACCUUGUACAUACUUCCUACCGUUAGCUCUGUUCUCGGAGUUGCUUACAAUGGUCAUCCCACAGAUAUCCCUCUGCAAAUCCCCUCCUGUGGCAACAAACCGGAUAUGACGCAGAAAUAUGCAGUAUUUUUCCAAAUGCUGCGCUUAGCCGGUCGCAAAUGCAGUCAUGAAGACGAUGUAGCAGUGAUAGGUUCAUGUUUCGCUGCUUUGUCGCAGCGUAUCAGCUCCAUUGAAGAGGUCGCAGUGGAAAUGAGCGAAUCUCGCUUACUUUUUAAGCAAGUGCAGGCUUGGGUUGAAGAGAAUAACUACGGCGUGGAGAUUUUGGAGCCGGUUCUUUGCGAUCUUUUUACUACCAAAAACCUGUUCAUGUAUGCUAAUACUCCCACUGAAUGGUCAGCGAGAGUUUUGCUAAACUCGCUUUUAGAAAAAUACAGAGGAGGCAGAAUCAGCCAUCUUCUGGAAGCUACAGCUGGAACACUCUUAGAUGUCUUCGAAAAUCAUGUUCUCAAAGGCGUGGGUGAAUUGUCGGGUUUAAUGGAAAAACAUCUUCAACGGUUUGAACCUAUAUCGCUUAUGAAGUCAUGGACUCAACUAGCGGAAAUUACAAAGGUUUUUAUUAGUGAUAGUGGCGACAUAAACGAAGUUGGCCUUUUUCGACCGGAUUUUCGUACUUCCUCUCGUUUUUUACGAUUGAUUUAUAAAAUUGCAAACGUAGCUGAGGAGGAAGUUGAUGCAAAAGUCCUGCAAAAAUGCACCACCUCUUUUGGAGAGCUUUAUUCUGAGACUCAGACUGGUGUACGACAUGAGAAUGGAUGUGGCGCUGGAACUAUUCUAAACGGCCUUUAUGACGACCUGAUAUUACCAGAGACUUUUUGCUGCAUUAAUGUUUACACUUCCGCUUUCGUUUCUUUGGUGGAAGUAUAUCCCUUCAAUUUCAUUAACGAAGACGAUGUGUUUUGUGCAGCUUCCUUGGAGUUCAGCGCAUUAGGAGAAAUCACUCCCUUGAUCAAAGCCGUGACCACAGUGGGUAGAAAGCUUAUCGAGAUGAUCAAUACGAUAGAGAAGGUCAGUAAACUUUCGAACUCAAUCUUGGAGGACGUGUUAAGCAUUAUCAGCGUCGUCGUGAAGCUGUUUCAGAGCAUAAAAAAGCCUAGCAUAAUUCGUAAUAUGUUCCUGUCCAUGUCCGGCUUGUUGAAGGAAAUGUACUCUCUUAUCUUCACUGGAGAUGUGCGUUUCAAAACGAUUGCGCGUUCUGUGCUUGAGGCUUAUCUUACUGUUCUCAAACUUGUGAAAACGAAGGCUUCUGGUCCUUAUGAUGAAAGUAUGCUUGAGGAUUGUGCACCGCUUUUUAUCCAGUUGCUUGGUGGCAAGCACGGAAAACGUGCCAAACUUCGAGCCGCAGCUGCAGAGCUUUGGAACAAUACAUUUGCGAAGGCGGUGUUCAACUAUCCGAUAGAAUUGAGGGAGAUUCUCAUCAAUCUUGUACAGAAACGAAUAGUUUUCGCAACCGGACUACCUAGAAAGUCGAUAAAUAGCAGUGAUUUCAAUGAGUCAAUAACCGAGAGUCAUUCCAAUUCAUCGAUCACUUCACAGUCCAGUCAAAGAACUGUCAACCGUUGUGCAGCAGUAACUGGAGAUCCCAUCCAUAAGAGAAGAAGACUCUGUUGACUAUGUUCCCAUCGGCACGAGCGAUUCCGCCAAGAAAAUGAAGCUGGCCGAAAGGCAAACGAAAGUGUUUAGCGCAAAGUAAAGGAGCUCUUUUUGUUUUUGUUCAUAUCACGUAGUUUAUCUCGGGGAUCGCAUGCCUUUUCUGGAUGAAGAAUCACAAUCGGCAGUUAUUGCUAAUCAUGGAAAAGAAUUUUAUCUGAAGUCUUUCCACUCUGCGUGAGUUCGAUCAUUUUGUGGACAGUAUUCGAAUUUUUGUGUUCAUUUUAAAAGAGUGAAAAUAUUGCGCCAUGUUGAAGAAAAGUCUCCACUAUUUUUAAAAUCGCUUUGGACAAGAAAGAACAGCCUCGCACUUUGCAUUCGCUUCAUAGUUGCACAUCAUUGCUUAAAACGCUAUUACAUAUGUAGAUUAUAUGUAACUUAUCUGAAGCUGUUGCCAAGUCUUACUUUUUAUUCAUAACAGGUUUAGAUGCGAAUAUCAGGCGUUUAUUAUUAUGGUCAUUGUUGUUAUUGUCAUUAUUCAUUUGUCAUUAAUUGUCGGGCAUUUGUUUUUUUAUAAAUAUUGUAAAACGCA